AUGGGCCCCCUCGCCCGUCCCGCGGCCUGCCCCGCGGUGCGGUGGCGGUGCGUGCCGCCGUUACCGGUGCGCGUCCCGGGCUCCGCAGGGCGGCGGCUGCGGCGGCUCCGCCCGGCACGGCACCCCCUGGCGGCCGGAACCCUCACCGGACACGGCUCCGCCACACGGCACCGGGGCGGGGCCACGGGCGGGGCGCGGUCACCGGGGCGGGGCGCGGUCAACCGGCUGGGGCGGGGCGUGCGCGGCCCCGCCCCCGCACCGGGGCCGCCGGUCCUCCGGGCCGCGAGGGGGCGCUGUGGGCGCGUUGCCGCUGGGCGGGCGCACGUGUGUCCGAGGAGGACUGGCACGGCGCGGCGGAGCCGGUGCCCCGCGGCGCCCCCGAGGGCCCGGGCCGGCCGGGCCCCGCGGCGGAAGCGGCUGCCGGGGACCGGCCUGGACGGCGAGGCAGCGCGGAAGCGGCCCCGGGGGCGGAGGAAGGCCGGCGUGCCUCGGGCUGCGGCGGGCGAACGCCCGUCCGGCCCCGGCGAGCCCCGGGAGAACGGGCAGCGCCCGGACACAGACGGCCCGGCCGAGCCGCCAGCGGAGCUGAGCCGGAGGCAGCGGCGGAACCGGCAGAAGAAGCAGCGGCGGCAGCAGCAGGAGGCGGCGGCGGGGCCGAGCGGGGAGCGGGGCUCGGGACCGGGGCCCCCGGAGCCACCGGGCCCCCAGGAGGCGUCCCCAGAGCCCCGCUCCGACCGCUCGGCCGCGCUCCGCGCGCGGAUGGAGGAGCGGCUGCUCGGCGCCCGGUUCCGGUACCUGAACCAGCAGCUCUACACCGGCAGCAGCCGGGACGCAGCGCGGCUCUUCCGCGCGGACCCCGCCGCCUUCCACCUGUACCACCGCGGCUUUGAGCGCCAAGUGCGGGGCUGGCCCGAGCGGCCCGUGCAGCGCAUCGUGCGCUACCUGCGCCGCCGGUGAGCGAGGACCGGGAUUGUGCUGGGGAUGGACCGGGGAUCGCACCGGGGGGACGCCGGCGUCAGGAAUCGGGUGCACUGCUUCGACCUGGUGCCGCUGAGCCCGCGGGUCACUGUCUGCGAUAUGGCCGAGGUGCCCCUGGCGGACGAGUCGGUGGACGUGGCUGUGUUCUGCCUGGCGCUGAUGGGCACCAACCUGCAGGAGAUCCUGGGGGAGGCCAACCGCGUGCUCAAGUUGGGGGGGACCCUGAUGGUGGCCGAGGUGGCCAGCCGCUUCGAGAACAUCCAUGCCUUCCUGAAGGCCAUGGGACAUCUGGGCUUCAGGACAGUCUCCAAGGACCUCUCCAGCUCCUACUUCUACGUGCUGGAGUUCGCCAAGACGGGCCCGUGCCGGGCGGGCCCCGCCCCGGGGCUGCGGCUGCGGCCCUGCCUGUACAAGCGGCGGUGACGGGGAAGGGGGGCUGGCCCCGCCCCCGCGCUGGCCCCGCCCCCCGCGCGGUCACCACCAAUAAAGCCGCUGUUUCCGCUC